AUGGAACAGGUCAACAAGGUAUGGCUCAUUACCGGAACGUCUUCUGGCUUCGGGAAGCGCCUCGUUGCAUCUGUGCUUGCGCGGGGUGACCGCGUCAUCGCGACCGUCCGGAACCUUAAAAACGCGCCCAUCCCACUAGAUUCGCAGCGCUCGCGGCUGCACGUGCUCGUUCUCGACGUCGCAAGCAGCGCAGACAAAAUCCAACGCACGGUAGAAGCUGCGCUCGCCGUAUGGGGCCGCAUCGACGUGCUCGUAAACAAUGCCGGCACCGGCGCGAAGGGCAUGCUCGAGGAAGUCAGUCCAUCAACCGCCCUUGCGCAAUUCCAGACGAACGUUUUCGGUGUCAUGAACGUCACGAACGCGAUUUUGCCGCACAUGCGCUCACGGCGGUCGGGGACAGUGGUCAUCAUUGGCAGCCGCUCGGUUUGGAAGACUGGUCCCACCGUCGGCAUGUACGUCGCGAGCAAAGCGGCAGUGCACGCGCUCGGCGAGACGUACGCGGCAGAGCUGCGCCCGCUUGGCGUGCGUGUGAUGGUCGUGGCGCCCGGCGCGUUCCGCACGGAAAAUAUCCAUAGCGCACCGAUCAUGGCCGAGCGUCGGAUACCCGCGUACGACGGGACUCGCGCGGCCAUGCAGGCGGUCUUCCGCGACGUCGCUGUGAACGCGCCGGGAGACCCCGCGAAGGCGAUGGAGCUGCUGGUCGACGUCGUCAAAGGCGAGGGCGCCGCGCGGGGGCACGAAAUGCCGCUGUACCUGAUGCUCGGGGGCGUCACGUUCAGCGAUGUGCGGGUGCACCAGAAGAAGGUCUCAGCGUGUCUUGAUGGGUGGGAAGGCGUGGCAAGUGACCUCAAUUUCGAUGCGCCCUUGUGA